AUGGCAAGUGAGGAAGGGAGUUUUCUUGUCUUAGUGUAUUGUUAUAGGAAAAUUCAAAGAAGCAAAAAAUAUGGUGUGAAGUUUACUGAUAGAGAACCGUUGAGUGUAUUUAUCAAUUCAUCAAGUACUUUGUCAGAUGUAAAGAACAGCAUCUUGCAAAAGCUUGAGGUAUUUGGGAGCAAGUGGGUGAAGAAGCUAUUCUACAAGAUUUCCAUCGCUGUGGUGUCGACCGGUGUUAAGUAUGAUACGUUUGUGAUAGCGGCCGAUGAAGAUAUUCGGGUUCUGUUUCAUUGUGUUAGGAGUUUUCCAGAGGUUAGAAUACACGAGUUGUAUGCGAAGUUGGAGGUUAGUGUCGAUAGUUCUGGGGCAUCAGUUCCAGUUCAUAGCUCGAUUGCCGUGUGCGGUGUGUCUAGUUCGAUGCCUGUGGCCGGACCAACUGUUCCUCAGGUCGCAUCCCCUUCCUUUGCGGCUGAUUUAGAUCUAACGGAGGCAGUUGCUUCUGUACCGUUCGAGAAUCCUGGGGGUCUGGCAGCAGGCGCCAAUCCACAUUCACAGCAUGGCCCUUCAAGUUCUGGCACACAGCAGUACCCUCCACACUUCUCCACUCUAAACUUGGAGGCUUUGGGUCAACAGGCAGACGGAGGUGCUACAAUUGGGGGUUCUUCUAUAGAAUUUCAGAUUGGGCAAUCAUUCCAGAAUAAAGAUGAAGCUGUUUUGAGUGUGAAGGACUAUAGCAUCCGCCGAGGUAUUGAGUAUAGAGUCUUAGAAUUGGAUCAUCUGAAUUACGGUAAAGGUCUUGCAAUAAGCAACAGAAGCCGAUUACGGGUUCAGGCCUAG